CGAAAAUCUAGCUUUUCGGCAGUAUACGCGCUCCAUCUCAAUUACUCGGCGCCAUGGGAAAACGUGGCGGUAAGAAGGGCGGCAGAGGCGGCGGCCGCGGCGGACAGCAGCGCACCAAUUGGAGGGACCAACCGAAGAUUAAUGAGAAGUUCGAGAACUACUACAACAACCAGGAUUUUAUUCCCGAUGAGGAGAAGGAGGAGUUCUGGGCUGCGUUGCGGAGGGAUCUGCCGAACAGCUUCCGGUUUACGGGAUCGAAAGGUCAUGCGCUCGCCGUUCAGGAAAGACUCAAGGACUACUACGUUCCCCAAAUCACCUCCAUCGAGUAUGAGGGUAGCUUCGUUGAGCCGCCCCGCCCUGUGCCCUGGUAUCCCGAUCAGCUCGCGUGGUCCAUGACCACCCCCAAGAACGUCGUCCGUCGGUUCCGCCCCUUCGCCUCGUUCCAGAAGUUCCUUGUCGCCGAGACCGAGGUCGGAAACAUCACGCGCCAGGAGGUCGUCAGUAUGAUUCCGCCGCUGUUGAUCGAUGCCAAGCCCGGAAUGACGGUGCUGGACAUGUGCGCCGCCCCCGGUAGCAAGUCCGCGCAGUUGAUGGAGCUGCUGCAUGCCGGAGAGGAGGAGGCGAUGGCGCAGGUGUCCACGCAGGUGAAGAAUGGAUCUGCGACUCCCGAGCCGAUGGGCCCUGAGGGUCUGAAUGACGACGGAAGGACGACGGGUCUUCUCAUCGCCAACGACAGCGACUACAAGCGCGCGCACAUGCUUAUCCACCAGAUGAAGCGCCUCAGCUCCCCCAACUUGAUCGUGACCAACCACGACGCGACCAUGUACCCGUCCAUCAAGUUGCCCCCGGCCGAAGGCAAGAACCGCUACCUCAAGUUCGACCGCAUCCUCGCCGAUGUGCCCUGUACCGGUGAUGGCACCACGAGGAAGAACGCCAACAUCUGGGAGACGUGGACCGUGACCAAUGCGCUCGGCCUCCAUGCCGUCCAGGUGCGGAUUCUGGUGCGUGCCCUGCAGAUGCUGAAGGUGGGUGGACGGGUCGUCUACUCGACGUGCAGUAUGAACCCCAUCGAGAAUGAGGCUGUCAUUGCCAGUGCCAUCGAGCGCUGUGGCGGCUCGGCGAACGUCCGGAUCGUCGACUGCAGCAACGAGCUGCCAGGCCUGAAGAGGCGGCCCGGGUUGCGUACGUGGAAGGUGAUGGACCGCGAGGGUCGCAUGUGGAGCAACUGGAAGGAAAUCGAGGAGCAGAGGGAGCGCGAGGGUAUCAACGGACUGGGCCGCAUCGCCACCAGCAUGUUCCCGCCCGAGGACGCCGACAUGCCGCUCGACCGGUGCGUCCGCAUCUAUCCUCACCUGCAGGACACCGGCGGUUUCUUCAUCACCGUGCUGGAGAAGCUGUCCGAGAUCCGCGCCAAGCCGGAGGACUCGAUCAAGGUCAUCCCCAAGGGCACCGUCGCCGCCCUUGCCGAGGAACUCGAGUCGAAGCAGAAGAAUGGCCCCGGCGAGCCGCUGGAGAAGAUCGACGCGCUUGACGACAUGGUGACGCUCGACAAAGCAGCCGAAGAGGAAGCGUCGAAGAACCAGUCGGUCGCGCAAGCUACGCACCAGCCCCCCUACUCGGCCACGAACCAGAUCUCGCCCGCGAAGCGCGACGCUGAAAGCAGGGAGGACGAGCUCCCCGCUAAGCGCACCAAGCUCGAGGACGGCACAGAGGUGGUGCUGGGCGACCGUCCCAUCCACAAGCCUCACCCGCUCCCGGAGUCUGACGCCGUUGAGACCUCCGACGCGGUUUCUUCCACCCCCUUGCCCCAGGAAACUGCCGCCCAGCCCGCGCCGCAAACCGAGGCGCCGAAGAAGAAGAAACCCGGCCAGCCGACGGAAGAGCCCUACAAGUACCUGGACCCCAGCAACGAAGAGCUGGACCCCAUCUACAAAUUCUACGAAGCGUCAGACCGCUUCCCGCGUGAUCGCUUCAUGGUCCGCAACGCCCAGGCCAUCCCCACCAAGACCAUCUACUACACCAGCGCCCUGGCGCGCGACAUCCUGACCGCGAACGAAGGCCAGGGCAUGAAGAUCGUGCACUGUGGUGUCAAGAUGUUCGUCAAGCAGGACGUCCAGCGCGCGGGCGUCUGCCGCUGGCGCAUCCAGACCGAUGGCCUGCGCCUGCUGGAGCCGUGGAUUGGCCCCGCGCGUGCCGUAACGCUGACCGAGAAGGAGACGCUGCGGAGACUGCUGAUCGAGAUGUUCCCCAAGGUCGACGACAAUGGGUGGAAGGAUCUCGGCGAGAUUGGCGAGCGCGUCAGAGAUAUUCCCAUGGGAUGCAGUGUUUUGUACAUUGAUCCCCAGGCGACUGGUAAUGAGCAGGGAAGCGAGCGAAUUGUCCUCCCUCUAUGGCGAUCUCUCCACUCGGUCAACCUGAUGCUUCCCAAGGAAGACCGCCGAGCGAUGCUCCUUCGUAUCUUCAACGACGACACGCCCGUGAUCAACACGACGAUCAAGCGGCAGGCGCAGGCGAAAGAACAGACGCCGUCGUCGUCGGCAACGCCCGCGCAGACCGAAGAGGAGGCGCUGAAGCAGGAGAACCUGAUUAUCGGACAGGACGAGCAGGAGUACGUGGAGACGCGCGAGACGUACACCAAGGCUGGGGACGAGGAGGAUCGGUUCAACACGACUGUAUAGAGUUUAGCCUGGUGGGUUUGGUUGAAAAAGCAUUGGAUUUGAUGGAGUUGUAUAAGAGAAUUAAUCUUAGUUGAC